AUGGUUCCUAAGGCACCCCCGCUACCAUUCAAACCUGUCAGUGCGGGAAAAGCGAACUUCGUAGCGCAGAGAGCUGCCAUUCGACAGAAUGUGGAGAUAUUCAAGACCAGGAAGGAUCAUCACCGUAGGAUUUUCAAAUAUCUUGUGGCGGAGCUAUAUGCUCGAAGUGAACGCCAGGGAGAAGAUGACAUCACAGAAGAGCAACAUGAUAUUGUGGAAAGACUCAGAAACAAUGCCGGCGAUUUCAACUUGCUCUAUGGUGGGGAUAGCGACUUUGAAAAUGGGAGCGAUCAAAUAAUCGAUCCCGACGACGAAGCAUACCUGAUAUCUCAAAGAGACGAAAUCAUUAAGCAAGUCCUAGAACAGCUUGAUCAACCUGUAAUCAUGCGCGACGAUGUCGAAGGUUCAUCUUCUCCGGAUUCGAUUAUUCUUGAAAAGGCAAGUACUUUGGACCCAACAGAAAGUUUCGCGGCGCAAUACACGAAGGACGAGAUCAGUAUCAUACAUAGUCUUGCCGAUUUGACCGGUAAAUCAUAUUAUCGAGCUGAGCAGUGUUUAUCCGCAGCCCACUGGGACCUGGAACUCGCUCUUAAAUACCUGGAUGAAGACCAACCCAUUUCGAGUGCUGGAGGUUUCAUACGAGAUCAAAGUGGUGCUUUGACCACAUCCAUUCAUGAUAGGCCCGUGAAACACGUACCAGCGGGGUCGAGUGAUGGUGCAAAAAGACGGGCUCUGGGACCGCAAGAGAGUAUCAACUUGAUUGCGGCACUUUGGAUCAAGUUACAGCACGCCAAAGAAGCUAGACGAACUGAGGAGUUUGAACGUGAUGGCAUUAAGAUAAGAGUAGAAGAGGUAGCCGGGGAAUCCGAUUCAGACUCACCACCGAUAGAAAUCGUAUACACUGCACCCGCGAACAAGCCAGAUCCCCCAAAGAAACGCAAACCCCAAUCUCGAAAAGGUCUCUCUCACGCCGGCCAACCUCUAUGGCUCGACGAAGCGGGAACCGUCACCUCCCGCACCGGCCUCCAAGGAACACCAUACCAACAAUACCUCCAAAUGCGGUACUGUCUCCAACUCCAAUACUAUGGCUACGAAGCCAUUCCCUCCGACGACCCCCACCGCGGCAUACCGACAAAAGAACGAUGCCCACCACCCCUCGUACAAGAAGCAUCCAGCGACGAUGAAGACGACGCCAGUGUACCCGAACAAGAAAUAUCAGGUGCCGAACUCCAGGCCAUUAUCGACGUCAAGGUUUCUGGAACUGGGGAUGAAGUAGACUCUGUGGUAGGCGAUGAGGUAGAUUCCGUAGUAAGCGACGGAGUAGACUCAGUAUUUGGCGACGACUUGGAAGGGGACACGCGUGUCAAUUCGCCAGUCAGCGACAACGCUGGCGACAAUGAGCCCACCAUUACUCCCGCACUAAGGGGUCCAGAACAGCCCAGGAAACUCUACAUGAAAGUCCGAUUUAACCUCGGUGGCGGUGUCGAAGUCGCGCCGGGUGAGGUGAGUGAUGGGGGUGGUUCGAUUGAGCAGUGCAAAGAGACGAAGCAGGCGGAACAGAAGGGGCAGGUGGAAAAGAGGAAGCAGGUACAAAAGGGAUGGCAGGUGGAAGAGGUGAGGGGGUUUCUUCUGGGGCGAUUGGAAGAGGCUGAGCAGGUAGAAGAAGAAGAGGAAGAGAUGGGGAGGCGUGGUAUGGGGCUGGAACGGGAGAGGGAAGCGGAGGAGGUGGAGAAGAGGCGGAGAUUGUUUGUUUCGGAUGAAGAGGAUGCGUGGGAUGGGAUGUUUAGUGAUGAGGAGUUGGAGUUGGAUGACGAGGAGGAGGGGGAUGAGGCGGAAGAGGAAGAAGAGGGCAAGGGGCAAGAUGUUGAGGAGAAAGAGAGCAAAGAAGUAGGCGAGAAAAAGGAAGAUCAGGGCAGAGUCGACGAGUUGAUGGAUGAUUGA